UCCCCUCCCAGCCACUGCCACCGCUGGCCUGCGAGCCUUCUGCGGGUGGUGACUGCUGAGGCCGGAAAGGCGAGGCGGCAACAUGCUGGGCAUGAUCAGGAACUCGCUGUUCGGGAGCGUAGAGACUUGGCCUUGGCAGGUUCUGAGCACUGGGGGCAAGGAAGAAGUCUCCUAUGAGGAAAGAGCCUGUGAAGGGGGGAAGUUUGCCACUGUGGAAGUGACAGAGAAGCCUGUAGAUGAGGCUCUACGGGAAGCAAUGCCCAAGGUCAUGAAGUAUGUGGGAGGUACCAAUGACAAGGGAAUUGGAAUGGGGAUGACAGUCCCUAUUUCCUUUGCUGUAUUCCCCAAUGAAGAUGGCUCUUUACAGAAGAAAUUAAAAGUCUGGUUCCGGAUCCCAAACCAGUUUCAAAGCAACCCACCAAUUCCCAAUGAUGAAAGCAUCAAGAUUGAGGAGCGGGAAAGCAUCACUGUCUACUCCACGCAGUUUGGUGGUUAUGCCAAGGAAGCUGACUACGUAGCUCAUGCCACCCAGCUGUGUGCUGCCCUGGAGGGCACAGCCACUUACCGAAAUGACAUCUACUUCUGCACUGGAUAUGACCCUCCCAUGAAGCCCUACGGACGUCGCAAUGAGGUCUGGCUCGUGAAGACCUGAGUGACUCAUGGCAUCGAGAGCUUCCUGGAAGUGUGCCUCUGCGUUCCCUGACUUGGGGUCAGGAGGGGCCAAUGCUUCUCAAGUUCCAGCUCUCCUUCAAAGCCAGUCACUGCCAGUUUUCUGAAAUAAGCGCAGUCCGUAUACUGAGGUUCUUUUUCUCGUGGUGGGGAAUAAUACAGCCAAGAUAGGCAAUAUGGUUCUUGUUAAUUUAGAAUUUUCUGUGGCAGAUCAGAAAAACUCCAGCAGUACUUUCUCAGCCAUAUGGGCCACUAAAAACUGAUUUUUAAACAUCACUGAAUUUGUAUUUCUGUUAAUGAGGGAAUAUGUGAAUUGUUCACGAUCUUUCAGCUUGAUUCUUAUAACAGCUUGUCUAAAAAUAAACCAAAUAUAAAGAUCUCUGACUUAA